CCUUAUCAAUGUAGUUAAUAACAAUUCAUAUGGUUGACUUCAAACUGAAAUACGAAUUUCAAUUAAAUCAAUUACUUGUCCAGACGCUGGCUGCUGGCAUGGAGAAUGCGCGCCAAUUUAUGAACAUGACUUGAUUUAUAGUCAAUACAAUGUAUGUACAAGUGUUGUUUUUACUUUUCACCUGUGUUUAUAUAAUUACAUCUAAAGAUACUGACAGUGACGAGGCAAAGUAUAUAGAUUUAUUGCCCGAGGAGGAAAAACAGGAAUUUCUAAACAGAAUUGCUCUUAGGAUUUUGGCAGAAAUUAAAGGUCGAAAUCGUGCCGAUGGAACCAGUGUAGAGAUAUCUGAUGAAAGACUGGACGAACAUGAUGCUUACGUUCAAAGAAUAAUGGAAGAAGAAACUGAAAAAUUCAAGCACAAGCGGAGAUUAGGCAGCCAAAGCAAAGGUGACGAUAUAGAAAAUGAUGACGCCAGUGAAUCGAAAGGAAAAAAUAUAGAAAAAGAAAAUGUACUCGGUCAAGAUAAAUCAGACACAGAAUUAUCUGUACUUAAAAAUAACAUACGGAUAAAAAAGGAUACCAAUGAAGAUGUCAAACAAACAUCAAUUGAGAGCAGGAGGAUAAACUCAGAAGAUACCUUUACAGAUAUACCAGUGCCUCUAAUAUAUGACGAAGAGAAUUCACAUAAUACAGUAACGGCUAAAAACGUCUUUGAUAUUGACGAGCCUGUGAGCGAAUAUUCAGUCGAGAAAAAUAUAAAAGUUGAAGGACUGAGUAAGAGAUCGAAUGUAAAACAUGAAAUUCCUGAAGCUUUUGAAAAUCAUAAUGACACAUCAGAUUUUCUAUUUCAAAAUGAAGACAGCUCUAAAGAAAUAGUUGAUGUUCAUAAUUCUGAAGAUAAGCGAAAACCUGACGUGGACUAUGGGGACACUAAGAUGGAGGCAACCACUGAUGUACCUAGAACUUUGAUUGAUGAAUUUGAACCCGAAGAAAAAUCUAAAGAAUCGGAAAUAAACUUAACACCGAAAGGUAUAAUUAUAAAAGGAAAAAGUAAAAAUUUGGAAUCUGGUUCUACAGGGAAAACUUUAGAUAUUUCUAAUGGUAAAUCAUUUAUAUUGGAUAUCAAAAACACUAAAAAAACCAUGAGUACUACGUCUAAAGUCAAUGAGGAAAACUUAAGCCCUACUGAAGAUUAUGACAAUUUAAAAAUAUCUCAAAAAUAUAUUACUCCACGUUCGAUAUUAAGAAGUGAAGUUAAUUUAAGUGAAACAAAUACAAAAAACGAAAGUGUGACUGGAACCGAGAAAGACGAGAAUAUUCUAAAAGCGAAUGAAUUCGUAAACAGUACUAGCACAGAUAAAAUACAUAAAGAUAGCGAUGAAAUUGUUACAACUACAAGUAACAUUUUAAAUGAAAACACAUCUUAUAAAAUUACCACCGAAAAUAUUGUGCAAAGAAACGGGACCAGCAAAGAUACUCUUAGUGAUGUGAAACAGUCGUUAAGAAAUGGAGAUACAGAACAUUUUGAGAAUACAUUUACCCCAAAAUAUUUCUUAAAAAGUCCAAAUGUUUUGGCAUCCAGUACAGAAAAUUCCAAAAGUCAUUAUCAGGUUUUCGAAGUUUCAAACAAAAAUUCUCCAUUUGUACCGUUAGAGCAAGUAAAUUCUAAAUUAGUGGAAGAACCGCAUUACGUACCUGUUUACAAUUACGACCCCAGCAAUGCAUUUUAUACAGGUUAUAAUUAUUUUGGUCCCAAUUAUGGAGAAAAUGAUAAAAGCAUUGAAAUAAAUACCGAUGAUAAAGUACUAUAUAAAAAAUUUAACAAACAUAAUUUCAUAGCAGAUUAUACAAAGAAACAAGCGAAAAAUCAAAAUAAUAGAAAUUUGAAAUUUUACGAUAGUAAAAAUGUAAAUUUUAAGCCCCGAAGUGCAGCUUACCAGAAUAAUUUAUUACCAGCUUGGAAAGGUGGAUUUUCAGACAUAAGUUUUAAUCCGAAUGAUUAUCUAGAUUUAGACUAUUACGUAGGAAGAACUAAUGACGAUAUCGUUGACGAAGAUGUUCAUGAAACACCUCAUACGUUUGUUUCGCAACAACUACGAGAAAGUAAAUCGGAAGACGUUAUCGAUCCAGAUGCAAGCUUAGAGCACUACAAUAUAAAAGAUAAAAUUACAGCGCUGCGCAACGCAUUAUAUUUACAUAAGUAUAAACAAGUUAAAAAACCAAAGUUAUCAAAUGUUAUUAACAAGAAUUAUCAAUUAAAAACUAAAUUUACAAAAUGGAAACAAAAUUUUGACCCAAUAUUGAGAGGUCUUGACGACACUUUUCUUAUUUUCCUGCCGGGGGGCAAGGCGGCGGGGGGUCGGGGGGCUCAUGAUGAUAAAAACAUCGCAGUAGAUUAUUACUUUAGCAGAAUGAAUUCCGAAGAACAACCCUUGAGUGACAGCAACGAGACGUAUUAUAAACCAAUACAUACACAUAAACGAAUUACAACAGUCGAUGAAAGUAAACAAAAAAAUACACGCACUUUGGAAAAAGUAAAAGAUACGAAAUAUAAAGUUGCGAAAGAAAAACGUAUACAAAUACCUCUAAGUCCGGAUAAUAUAUUGAAAAUAGAUCUAACUGUGAAGGAUGGCAAUAACGUUAAUGUUAUAUUUAGGAACGUUAAAAAGCCUGAGCCUGACAAAUUCGAGGUGUAUUUAAAUUCUUACGUGACUGUUAUGAAGGAUAUGAUAGAGCAGGACAAUAAGGGCCUGCAACAGUAUCAUUGGCUGUCGACCACUGUUGACAUACAGUCCGCCAUCGACAAGUUAAUGCUGUUGACCGAAGCUUUAAAAGAACACGAAGAAUUGCAUUAUUCAGAUUUUGAACUCAUUAAAUAUAUCUUAUUUGUAUUUCAAACUUCUAAUAAACUUAUUAAAGAAGAUGCAGAUAAUAUCCAAAGAAGUAAAAAUAAAGAAGACAAAAUUGUAAAGUCUCCACAGAGAGCCGUCAGUAACGGAGUGGGCGGUGACGCAGACCAGUCGCUGAAGACGCUACGUAAAAUAUAUGAAGAUAUAAAAGAGAUUCAAGAAAUGAGUGUGACGAUGAGUGGAACCGCUUUGAUAGAAUUCCAGAAUUUCUUGUUAGAUCUACAGUCGAGUUUAAAUAAGCUUCACGAAGCAGUCAAGGAAAUAGCAACUAUCACUAAUUAUAAGAAGCAGAAUUGGUUUUACGAUUUAAAGCAUUUGUAUCUGUUACCUGUGGAGAGAGAUAUAUCUCUCACUUUACUUCUACAUCUUGCUACUUCUAAAUUAUUCGGUGUCAUAGAAGAUGGUGCAAAGAAGGGCCUAGAAGAUAACUUUAUAAUCUUCGUGAAGAACCACAGAGAAGAAGUGGAGAGAACAAGAGAUGAUUUCAUCUUUGUUUUGAGAUUGUUGAGAGCAAUAAAAAAACCGGAAAGUUAAUUAUUUUUUUGUGUGCAAGAAAAACCAUAGUUUAAUUGUUUUGUUAUUUUUUUUAAUAGUAUCACAACUUUCACAAUACUACAACUAAAUAAACGUAAUAGCGACCAAAAUAUAACUCAAAUAAUAAAUAUAAACUUACACACAGUACAUUAUGCCUUUAUUUAAAGCUAUUUACAUAUUUUUAAUUUAAUUAUUUAGUUUAAAUAAAAAGAAAAAUAAACUAGCUUUAUUCUUUGUUCCUGCUGGAGUUUCAACAUGUUGUUGAGUUGAAAAAAAAGUUGCUACUUUGGUGUUUCUUUUCAAACGAAAACUUCACGGUUGAAAAUGUUUUAUAACAUUAAAAAUUAUAGUAU